UUUUUUUGAGCUCAGAGUUCUAGCCAAUCAAGAAGUAAUACAUACGAAAAUAUAAAGGUCGACGUUCAUAGUAACCAAUGAGAUGGCGAGUUUCAUGCAGUUUGGCAGUGUACAGUCACGGUUGUAGUUAGGUCUUUUUGCUUGAACCACAACGAUGUUGUUACAUUAAUCGUUAUUGAUAUUUUUUAUGAAGUAGCUUUUUUUUCAGUCUUCCACAUAAAUCAAGAUGCAGAAGAAGUUUAUUUUAGGUUGAUCGCUUGUUUUUGCAUUCUGAUCACUGAACGAUCACUGUAGAUUUGGCGCACGUGUAAGGGGAAAAACGCCAUGACUCCAGGCAAAGCGAACAUCGAUGAGAAGGUCUUGCAGUACGAAACUUUUAUCAAUGAAGUCCUGAAGAGGGAUUUGCAGAAGGUGUUGGAGCAGAGAGAUGAUGUAUAUGAGAAGAUAGCUCAGUAUCUUCAGUUAAAGAAUACCAUUGAGAGUCUACAGGAAGCUGGUAGCAAAGAACUCAAGACUGAGGUGGACCUGGGAUGUAAUUUCUACGUCCAGGCUCAUGUUCCGGACUCAUCCAUGAUAUUUGUGGCUGUUGGCUAUGGAUUUUUUGUCGAGUUUACGUUACCAGAAGCUCUGAAGUUCAUUGAGAAGAAGACAAAUCAACUUACAAAAUAUACAGAGGCUCUAACCAAGGACUCUGCAAAAAUCAAAGCAAACAUUCGCCUGGUUUUGGAGGGCUUAAGGGAACUUCAGGGUCUCAAAGAUCUUCCUGAAGACAAGAGGAGAGAAGUGUUCUAGUUUUGCUUGUGCCUAGCUGUGUUCUGAUAAUAGCUUCUUUGCUACACAUUAAUUUUUUUAUGGCCAAAUGUAAAUAAAUAAAUUACCUACAGUGUGUGCUCUUUUGGUUUUAAUUUUGCAAGAAAUAAGGUGUGUUUUCUAAAUGCAUAACUGAUUUUAUACUGAACCAUUCUGCAUUAUGGAUACUUUAAUAAGAAUUGAAUUUUCUGUAUCAGCCCUUGAUUUCCAGACGCAUCGCAUUAGCAAAAUGGUGGCCUUAGUAUACAGAGAAGGUAACUGGUAAAUGUUAAUGCUAUUAACCUGGUCCUUAUGCAUCGGUUAGACAUCAGGAACACUGCAUCCCCUGUUAUAAAUGUUAAUUGUCACUGUGUUAAACAAUGUGGAUGUGCAACUUUGACAUUAAACUGGUUGAUGUCAAUAA